GUCAGAAAGCAUGCUGGAGUUGGUAAACUAAAUACAUCCAGUCAAAAUUGUUGUCUGCAUAUAAGAAUUGUCAACGAUUAUUUUACUGACCGGAUCCGACCCGAUCCGACAACUCAAUCAAUUUGUGCUUCCUUCUUGUCAUCAAUAAUUCAAAACCACUCCAAAUUUUGAGGUAAUUUUGGUGUCUUUGCCUGUCGAAUCGGUUACUAGUCAACACUCUAUACCCGAUUACUGAAGUUUCAAAGUCUCAACUUGGUAUUAAAUUCACGCGUUUAUGGUGUUUGAUCCAAUUGGUUCAUCUUGAUUUGGUUUUUGUUUUAGUUAUAAAUCAGAAUCAAGAGUGCUUCUGCGGUUGGACUUGGAGAUUCGUGAUUAGUCGAUAAUUCGAUGGAUUAUUCUCAGAAGCCGAUUGAGUUGAGAGCUUUCGAUUCAUUAGGAUUAGGGUUUGAUUUCGCUAGCGAUUUCCGGUUAAAGUUUGCGAAGGCGUGUCCUGGUGGUGGGCGGUUGGUGCAGCUUGAUGAGUCGAGGAAGAGAGACAUCGUUUUACCUGGCGGCGGCGCCACCAUUUCUGGCGUUUCAGUGGAUAUUCAUUGCGAUAAAGGCGAUCAUGUUCGAUUUAAAUCUGAUGUUUUGGAGUUCAAUCAGAUGUCAGAAUUACUUAAUCAAAAUGCAUCAGUACAAGGAAAAGUGCCUUCAGGAUACUUCAAUGCAUUAUUUGAUCUAAGUGGUGCAUGGUUAAAUGAUGUAGCAGAUGCCAAACAUCUUGCUUUUGAUGGCUAUUUUAUCUCCCUCUACUAUUUACACCUCACAGCAUCUCCAUUAGUACUCCAAGAAAGGGUAAAAAAGUCCGUUCCUACUCAUUGGAAUCCCGCGUUAUUAGCCAGGUUCAUUCAGACAUAUGGGACCCACAUUUUAGUAGGGAUGGGUAUUGGAGGGCAAGAUAUUAUAUGUGUUAAACAAAAAGCAUCUUCCACAAUUUCACCCACAGAGCUUAGAGGACAUUUAGAGGAUCUUGGAGACUGUUUAUUCUUAGAUGGAGCAAGUCCUUCUUUACCCGAAAGAAAAACAAAAGAUGGCAAACAAAAAAUUCCAGAGGUUUUCAGCCGAAUGUUGGAGCCACAUACCAUUCAGUUCACUAACAUCACAGAAACUUCAAGCAAAGAUGGACUCACGAUUAUCGGGUCUAAGAGGGGCGGAGAUGUCUUUUCAAAAAGCCACAUGAAGUGGCUUCAGACAGUGGCUGCUAGCCCUGAAGCAAUACGGUUCAAGUUUGUUCCAAUUACUUCUCUUCUUAAUGGCGUUCCUGGGAGUGGAUAUCUUAGUCAUGCAAUCAACUUAUAUUUACGCUACAAGCCUACACCAGAAGAUUUACAAUGUUUCUUGGAGUUUCAAGUUCCUAGACAGUGGGCCCCACUCUUUUGCGACCUACCUCUUCGUCAUCAACAAAGAAUGACGUCAUACCCUUGGCUUCAGUUUGCUUUCUUGGGUCCUAAAGUCCACAUUAGUACAACUCAGGUUUCGAGUAACAAAAAACCGAUUAUUGGUCUACGAUUGUUUCUAGAAGGGAAGAAAAGCAACCGAUUAGCAGUGCACGUGCAACAUCUCUCAAGCCUCCCAAACAUCAUGACGUGUAACACACCGCCGUCCACCGUCCGGCCAUGUCAGUGGCGGGGGUCCGACGAUUUCGAAUCCACCGCCCAAUUCCUGGAACCAGUCAGAUGGAAGCGAUACUCCAACAUCUGUUCAUCAGUAGUGAAACACGAUCCAAACUGGUUACAAGGAACCGGAGGCGGAGGAGUAUUCAUCGUCACCGGAGCUCAGCUCGUAACAAAGGGGAAAUGGCCGAAAUCGGUGUUGCACCUCCGGCUACUCUUCACUCACCUUCCUCAUUGCACGAUUAGGAAAACGGAAUGGGCAGCUUCCGGGCGACGAUUAACUCCGGGGUGUAUCCUGAUGGGCCGGCCGGUGCCGAUCCGGUCGACGAAGAUGAGAAAGUAUGUGGAUAUUGAAGAGGUGGUGCGGGGAUCGCAUGAUAUGCCGGGGCAUUGGUUGGUGACCGGCGGGAAGUUGGUGAUGGACGGCGGGAAGAUAGGGUUGCAUGUGAAGUUUGCUUUAUUAGAUUUUCCUGAAGAUCAGUGA